GCCAUGGACGUUAACCAGCCCAAGCAGGAGCACCUGCUGGCUCUGAAAGUGAUGAGGCUAACCAAACCUACUUUAUUCACUAAUAUUCCAGUGACUUGUGAAGAAAGAGAUUUGCCAGGUAAUCUAUUUAACCAGCUCAUGAAGGAUGAUCCUUCUACUGUAAAGGGAGCAGAAACUUUGAUGCUAGGAGAAAUGCUGACUUUACCUCAGAAUUUUGGAAAUAUAUUUCUGGGAGAAACGUUUUCCAGUUACAUUAGUGUACACAAUGAUAGUAAUCAAGUUGUCAAGGACAUACUGGUGAAGGCUGAUCUUCAGACAAGUUCUCAGCGCUUGAACCUUUCAGCUUCUAGUGCUGCAGUAGCAGAGCUUAAACCUGACUGUUGCAUUGAUGAUGUGAUCCAUCAUGAAGUAAAGGAGAUAGGAACACACAUCUUAGUUUGUGCAGUAAGUUACACUACGCAGACAGGAGAGAAGAUGUACUUCAGAAAGUUCUUCAAAUUUCAGGUUCUUAAACCACUAGAUGUGAAAACUAAGUUCUACAAUGCUGAGAGUGACCUCAGUUCUGUGACAGAUGAAGUGUUUCUGGAAGCUCAGAUUCAGAAUAUCACUACUUCUCCAAUGUUUAUGGAGAAGGUUUCUUUAGAGCCAUCUAUGAUGUACAACGUUGCAGAGCUGAACACAGUUGACAGAGGAGGGGAAGGGGAGUCUACUUUUGGCUCAAGGACUUAUUUACAACCUAUGGAUACACGUCAAUACUUAUACUGCCUAAAACCAAAGCAAGAAUUUGCAGAGAAAGCUGGAGUAAUAAAAGGUGUAACUGUGAUUGGUAAAUUAGACAUUGUAUGGAAAACUAAUCUGGGUGAACGAGGAAGGCUGCAAACUAGCCAGCUCCAAAGAAUGGCUCCUGGUUAUGGCGAUGUAAGGCUUUCUUUGGAGACCAUACCAGACACCGUAAAUUUGGAAGAACCUUUUGACAUUACAUGUAAAAUAACAAAUUGCAGCAGUGAAAGGACUAUGGAUCUGGUUUUAGAAAUGUGCAAUACCAGUUCCAUCCACUGGUGUGGAGUUUCGGGAAGGCAACUUGGAAAGCUGCACCCAAGUUCAUCCCUCCAUCUUGCACUUACAUUGUUGUCUUCAGUGCAGGGAUUGCAAAGUGUGUCUGGCCUAAGACUUACAGACACGUUUUUGAAGAGAACGUACGAGUACGAUGAUAUUGCACAAGUCUGUGUAGUUUCUUCAGAAGUCAAACAAAACUGAAGAAAAAAUUCUGUAUUUCUGCUGGGCUUUUUGUUUUAUUUUGGACCAACUUCUUAAUGUUUUUGCAGCCGAAUCAUGUUAAAAUGUGUACAAACAAAACCAAAUCCCUAUGUAUCUAUAAAUGUAACUAUGCUUAUUUAAUUUCGCUGCACAUUUUUUGAAUGUUCUAAAAUCUUUUGAAAACAUGCAUAUGAAUUUCAGCUACUGAAAAUAAAACCUUUGAAAAAA